AUGCGCGGGAACUACAUGUAUAUGGAAGCAAGCUAUAAAACUAAGGGAGAUGAAGCCAGACUUUUAUUCCCUACGUUCUUUGGAUCAAGACAAGUGCGCUGUGUCAGUUUCUUUUACAGUAUGUAUAGCGCUGGUUCUAAGGAUCUCAUGGGAGAACUAAAGUUAGUGGCUAUGGACCCAAAUGGAAAUAUGGAAAGAAGACUGUGGUCAGUUGAAGGAGGCCAAGGGCCGGGGUGGAAAAAUGCGACAGUUAAAAUCCCCGCUGGGUUCUCUGAGCUUGCGUUUAUAGCAGUACGAGGGUCUUCCUACCUUGGAGAUAUCGCCAUUGAUGAUGUAGUGCUGGAGGAAGGGGAAUGUGUAGAAACCAUGACAACAGUUAGUUUCACCAUGACAACCAAUAGUUUUACCGUCAAGAGGCUUUCUGUGGCUUCCACGGUUAACAUUACCACGCCUGAUGUUCCCACAACGCCAGACCAGGCACUCGCGGGCUCGACAGUUCUAGCAGUAACACAACAGCCGUCAGAAUUUGUGUUGAACUGCACAUUUGAAGAGUCCUCCAUGUGUAAUUUCACGUAUGACAGGAACCGCAGUGGGGCAGAAUGGAUAAGACACAAAGAUAAAACACCCAGUAGUAAGACGGGACCAGCGGGUGAUCACACUACAGGAGCUGGUUAUUAUGUAUACAUGGAGGCAAGUAGGAUAUCGGCUGAUUCUGAAGCCUGGCUACUCUUCCCGCCAUUGUUGGAGACGAUGCAUGCUCGCUGUCUACGUUUUUACUAUCACAUGUAUGCUGCUAUCGGAGAGCCAACAGCUGUUGGGUUAUUGAAGGUGGUUGUCAUGAAUUCAUCUGGGAGCGUUACUCAGACUCUGUGGUCUAUGAAGAAUAAUCAAGGUCCCGCCUGGAAAAAUGCCACAGUGGACAUACCUGUAGGAGAUACUAGUCUGGCAUUUGUUGCAAAGCGGGCAGGCACUGUCUUUAGUGACAUUGCAGUUGAUGAUGUGACUAUCGAAAAUGGGCCUUGCGUUGAACAUCUUACUUCAGAGGCAGCUUCUACUACGGAAUCUUCAUCAGUUGUUUCUACGAAUGCCACUCCUACUACUACAGCAAAUAAGCCACCCACGACGACUUCACCUUCGUUAACUACGACUACCACGCCUACAACCACUUCUACUACUUCCACAACGUCGCCUACCACUCCGACGACAGCAACAGCCACACCUAGCACUGAGAUAACCACUCCGACAACUGUGAAAACCACGCCUACCAAAAUCACAACCACUCCAUCAACUACGACAUCCGCGCCCACCACAACCGUUACAACAACCAGUACAACAACCCGGUCUACCACUACCACAACCACUCCUACGGCUGCGACAACUACGACGUCCAUGCCGAUCACAACCACAGCUAAACCUACCGAUAUUACAACCACUUUGAUAACUGUAACAACCAAGCAAACAACUAGAACAACCAAACCUGCAAAUACGAUAACCACAAAGACCACUGCAAAAACCAAGCCUACCGCUGCAACAAUCACGUCAACCUCAAUGACAACCACGCCAACCACUAUAAAAAUUAAGCCUACCGCUACCGCAAGCAAGCCUUCCACUACGACAAAAACUUCGCCCACUGUACCAAACACGCCUACCACUACGAAGAAAGCACCUAUCACGCCUACGUCUACGACAACCAUGUCUACCACUGUAACAACCACGCCAACCACUGAAACAACCACGCCUAUCACUACGACAACCACGCCUACCACUGUAACAACCCCGCCAACCACUGUAACAACCACGUCUACCACUACGCCAACCACUGUAACAACCACGCCCACUACUGUAACAACCACGCCUACCACUAAGACAACCACGCCUACCACUGUGGAAACAACUACCACCGCAGCAAACACACAGACGUCUACCAAUGUAGUCUUGACUGUAACAAAUGUAGGUUCCACGUCAACAAUACCGCCGUCUAGUGUUUUAACAAUAUAUACUGCUGCAAUAACCACGCCUACUACUGUAAUGAUCACGCCCCCUGCUGCAGUGACCACGCCUAAGAUGAGCAAGACAACGGCCGACCCCAAAGCUGGCGAUAGGGAAAAACAGAGAAAGGACAGUGACGAUGAUAACGCAGGGAAUAUGAUGCCAAUAAUCGCCGGAUCGGCCGGUGGUGGCGUUGCGGUGCUUCUGACUAUACUUAUAAUUGUUAUUCUUAUGAGACGGCGCAGACAGACUCCGUACACUGAUAUCAACGAAGCUCCAAGUCCACGGAGUAGCGUGUAUGGAACUGGUGUGCUAGAAAUAGAAAACCCCACUUAUGACGUGGCACCGUUUCCUCAGCCUGAUGUCGUCAUUCACAGUCAUGACGUCACGGAUACCCAACGAUACAUUCAGGACACAAACGGAGAGGCUAUUCCACAUACCCCUACCACUGAAAUUUAG